AUGCAGGCCAGAGUUUUCCAGACCUGCCGUCGCACCGCCUUUUCUUGCCGCGUAGCCUCUGCUCGCGCACUCACCACGUACUCUGGUGGUCAUCCCUCCGAGGGCCAGGGCGGCUUUUAUGGCUCGGCCAAGUCGCGUUCUGAAGCCAACUCCAAGUUCAAUCCCGGCGCGCGUGCCGAGCCACAAGAUGUGACCAAGCUCCAGCAGCUCAUGAAGCAGUGGGAGACGCAAAAGGACUCACUUACCACUGCAGAGCAAAUUAAGGCGCUUACACGGAUCGCCAGCGAGGAGGAGACGCUCAUCCAGCGACUGCUUAUCCGAGGGGCACCCGUGUGGGGUCUCUCCACGCAGCAGCGUCAGUUCGUGGCUGAGUGCAGCAAAGUCAGCACCUAA